CGAUGGCAACACUUUUCUUGUUCCUCGAGUCCUCAACAACGAAUUCACUUUCUCGAGGCCGCUCAUCCCAAUACCCGACACUUUCUGUCGCAGCCUGUUCCAGCGCAUCCUUUUUGUUUACGACCCUCUUCCCGCCCUUCGAUCUACUCCCUGCCCCCCUGAAAUACGAUGGCUACCACCGGUCGGGAUUCGGCAGAGCCCCUCGUCGAUGCGAACCCGCUGCUCAAGUCAUACUACGAGUCGCUGGAGUCGCGGAUAGGAUACCGCCUCGUGCUGGGUGGCACACGGCACUUUGGAUACUAUGAGGAGGGCACAUAUUGGGCUUUCCCUGUAGGGAAGGCCCUGCGGGCCAUGGAGGAGAAGCUCUUCCUUGCGCUGGGCCUCCCAUCGGGUUCGCAGGUGGUUGACGCGGGUUGCGGUGUGGGCCACGUGGCGCUCUACAUGGCAGAGCGCGGCCUUCGCGUCACGGGCAUUGACCUGAUCGACCAUCACAUCGUCAAAGCGAAACGCAACAUCGCUCGCGCAAAACUCCCACCAGGAACCGUGACGGUCCAAAAGAUGGACUACCACCAUCUGGAGUCCAUCCCGGACCAGUCCCACGACGGCCUCUACACCAUGGAGACCUUCGUCCACGCGACAGACCCGGAGAAGGCGCUGGCAGGGUUCCACCGCAUCCUGCGGCCGGGUGGCAAACUCGCGCUCUUCGAGUAUGACCACACGAUCGGCGUGGAGGAGCACAUCCCGCAGAAAGUGGCCGACGAAAUGAACUUGGUCAACAAGUACGCAGCCAUGCCGACUAAUGCGCGCUCGCACGACGGCGUGUUCAAGCGCAUGCUGGAGGAUGCAGGGUUUACCGACGUCAAGGUCGUCGACUACUCGGCCAACAUCCGCCCGAUGCUGCGCCUGUUCUACAUGCUGGCGGCGGUGCCGUACUUCUUCAUCAAGCUGUUCCGGCUGGAGCGCUGGUUUAUCAACACGGUGGCCGGCGCCCAGGGGUAUCUGCACCAGGAGCAUUGGCGUUAUGUGGCUGUCACGGCGACCAAGCCCGGGGGUCCCAUUGAGGGGGCCAAGACGAAGUAGCGAUUUGGUAGACUGCCGGGCGGUCUUGUGCGAGUAGGGUAACACUUCAGGGGCGUGGAGUAAGGAGUCGGAUGUGUACUUAGUCUGAAAAUAAUCUACUAUGCAUUUUACCACUAAA